GGGACAGGAAAGGGUUAAUUUUUUCCGCCGCCGACAUUUUUGUUCGGCGCUCCGCUGCAACUUUUUAACUUGCAUGUGCAUCGAGUUUACGCCGUCUCUCGCGUCUCUGACUCACGUUUAAGUCGCAACUUGCACCGACUGAGUUUGUACAUGUACUACGGCUCGUUGAGCCGGGCACGCUCUCUCGCUCUUUUGUUGAUGCUUAAUGCUCACCUCACGCAUGGAGCGGCGUUUGCUAGGAGGAGCUAGCAGCAGAAUGAAAACUGCAAUUUCAGCAAAAUAAACAAAGCUAUAGAUGGAACGGGCAUCAUGUAUGUUUUACAUGGUGAGGGCCCAGAGUUUCUUCAGCCAUGUCUGUGAGGGAGUCUUUUAACCCUGAAAGCUAUGAGCUGGACAAGAACUUCAGGCUCACACGUUUUGCUGAGCUUAAGGGCACAGGCUGCAAGGUUCCCCAAGAUGUGCUACAGAAGCUGCUUGAAACCCUACAGGAGAACCACUAUCAGGAGGAUGAACAGUUCCUGGGGGCAGUAAUGCCUCGAUUGGGCAUAGGCAUGGACACCUGUGUGAUUCCCCUCAGACAUGGAGGCCUUUCCUUGGUCCAGACCACAGAUUAUAUCUACCCUAUUGUAGAUGACCCGUACAUGAUGGGAAGAAUCGCUUGUGCCAAUGUUUUAAGUGACCUGUAUGCCAUGGGAGUGACAGAGUGUGACAACAUGUUGAUGCUUCUAGGAGUCAGCAACAAAAUGUCAGAGAAGGAGAGGGACAAAGUCAUGCCACUGAUCAUCCAAGGAUUUAAGGAUGCAUCAGAGGAAGCAGGCACAUCUGUAACAGGAGGGCAGACGGUGCUGAACCCCUGGGUAGUGAUGGGAGGAGUUGCUACAACAGUUUGUCAGCCAAAUGAGUUUAUCAUGCCAGACAAUGCAGUGCCAGGAGAUGUGUUGGUGUUGACCAAGCCCCUGGGAACACAAGUGGCUGUGGCAGUACAUCAGUGGCUAGAUAUUCCUGAAAAGUGGAACAAGAUCAAGUUGGUAGUAACGCAGGAAGAUGUAGAGCUGGCGUACCACGAAGCUAUGAUGAACAUGGCUCGACUCAACAGAACAGCGGCUGGUCUCAUGCACACCUUCAAUGCUCACGCAGCCACCGACAUCACAGGGUUCGGCAUCCUCGGCCACGCUCAGACACUAGCACGGCAACAGCGAAGUGAAGUGUCAUUUGUCAUCCACAACCUCCCGGUGCUUGCCAAAAUGGCUGCUGUGUCCAAAGCCUGUGGGAACAUGUUUGGCCUCAUGCAUGGCACCUGCCCUGAAACAUCAGGUGGGCUGCUUAUCUGUCUGCCCCGAGAGCAGGCCGCUCGUUUCUGUGCCGAGAUCAAAUCCCCAAAAUAUGGAGAGGGCCACCAAGCAUGGAUCAUCGGCAUCGUAGAGAAAGGAAACCGCACUGCUCGCAUCAUAGACAAACCACGGAUCAUAGAAGUGGCACCACAAGCUGCCACACAGAAUGUCAACCCGACUCCUGGUGCAACUUCUUAAUGCUCCAUUGCCGAAUCAUACACGGGAACCCAAAAGCUCUGCAGAUUGAUUUUAGACACAUAAACUAUAAAACCAUUCUAGCGUGUUGAAAUAUAUACACAAAAUAGUUUGUACACGGAAAAGACUGGGUUGGCAUGUACAGUAUGUACAUGAGCCCCAUAGAGUGGCCCAGGGAGCAUGCCAGCAACCAGUGGACUCAACCUGCAGUACCCCUAUGAUAUAAAUUGGCAAGCUAGAGGACAUACUUCACAUCCAUUUGCCUUUUGUGUCUGUUGUUUUCUGCUAUGUUACAUGUGUUUGGCUGGCAGACAGCUUCUGGUGAGAGUUAUAGUGAUGGAGACAAGAACCUGAUACUGUUGAUUCAUUUUGAAUCUUGGACGCGUGUUGCCUCUUUUAAAAUGGUUCUCAUUAACCAAGCAGACAUUGUGAUGGUGAUUUUCUUUGUCCGUUCACUUUGUACAGUUUGAAAGCCCGGUUUUAGUUGGUUGCUGUAACUGAUGCCUUGAGUGAGACCCGACUGGUUUGUUUUUUUAUUACUUUGACAUUUUUGUAUUGCCCACACCUAAACUAAUAAAAAACCCAAAUGGAAGAUGUUCUCACUAUUUCCCCUCGACGCACCCGAUGCCGCUGCAUCGUGACGACAUCUGGGUGGGUAAACACACGGUGCCCUGAUCAGUGAGCUUGUUGCCUUUGUCCUGGAUGUGGUGCAUUUAGUUUUGCUCUCUGCAUAUUGUCAGAGUGAGAGCAACCAUAUUAGUAAAGAGGAAUCUGGAAGGGCUCUAAAUGUGGAUCAGGAGAAAGAUGACUUCCACCCCACCUCCUACAAUAAACCCCUCUUAUAGAACA